GUAUCCAAACUACUUCCCGCACGCUUUGAGUCGUCUUCAACCUGAGUGUUAGCUACAGUUAGCAUUACUUUGUUUCUCAUUAUCUCGAAAUCCGUUCUUAUCCCAGGAAAAAAUGGCCUCACUUAAUGGAAAACCAGAUGUUAUGUUUGAAGACGAUGAUCUGCCAUAUGAAGAGGAGAUCAUCAGGAACCCAUACUCGGUCAAGUGCUGGAUGCGUUACAUCGAAUUCAAACAGAAUGGAGCCAAAGCCACCCUCAACCUGAUCUACGAGCGCGCUCUGAAGGAGUUACCUGGCAGCUACAAGCUGUGGUACAACUAUCUGAGAGAGAGACGUAAACAAGUCAAAGGGAAAUGUAUCACUGAACCAAGCUAUGAAGAGAUCAAUAAUUGCCAUGAAAGGGCAUUGGUGUUCAUGCACAAGAUGCCCAGGUUAUGGCUCGAUUACUGCCAGUUUCUUGUAUCUCAAAGCAAGAUCACAAGAAGUCGGCAAACAUUUGACCGAGCCCUCCGAGCUCUUCCUGUUACUCAGCACCCGCGCAUCUGGCCUCUGUAUCUCCGCUUUGUCCGUAACCUUCCCCUGCCUGAGACUGCAAUCCGAGUGUACCGCAGGUACCUUAAGCUUUCUCCUGAAAAUGCAGAGGAAUACAUUGACUACUUACGAUCUGUUGGCCGCUUGGAUGAAGCAGCUGUGCGACUUGCAGCUGUUGUCAAUGACGAAAGCUUUGUGUCCAAAGAGGGCAAAUCCAACUAUCAACUAUGGCAUGAGCUGUGCGACCUGAUCUCCCAGAACCCUGAUAAAGUGACGUCUCUCAAAGUAGGGGCCAUUAUCCGAGGAGGCCUCACUCGAUUCACUGACCAACUUGGAAAACUCUGGUGCUCCUUAGCUGACUAUUAUAUUAGGAGCGGUCACUUUGAGAAGGCCCGGGAUGUGUACGAGGAGGCCAUCCUCACUGUGGUAACGGUGAGGGAUUUCACACAAGUAUUUGAUAGUUAUGCCCAGUUCGAAGAAAGCAUGAUCGCAGCAAAGAUGGAGACCACAGCUGAGAUGGGAAAGGAUGAAGAUGAGGACAUAGACAUGGAGCUUAGACUGGCCCGCUUUGAGCAGCUGAUAGCUCGACGGCCCCUCCUGUUGAACAGCGUUCUAUUGAGGCAGAACCCUCAUAAUGUUCAUGAAUGGCACAAGAGGGUGAAAUUGUAUGAGGGCAAUCCACGGCAGAUCAUUAACACAUACACUGAGGCAGUGCAGACUAUAGAUCCAUUGAAGGCCACGGGGAAACCACACUCUCUCUGGGUUUCCUUUGCUAAAUUCUAUGAGGAAAAUGAGCAGUUGGAUGAUGCUAGGACCAUUUUUGAGAAGGCUACCAAGGUGAACUACAAGCAGGUGGAUGACCUUGCUGCAGUAUGGUGUGAAUAUGGCGAGAUGGAGCUGCGCCAUGAGAACUAUGAACAGGCACUGCGCAUACUCAGGAAAGCUACUGCAAUCCCAUCCAAGAAAGCAGAGUAUUUUGAUGCAUCCGAGCCAGUCCAAAACAGAGUUUUCAAGUCUUUGAAGGUCUGGUCCAUGCUGGCAGACUUGGAGGAGAGUCUAGGCACUUUCCAGUCCACCAAAGCAGUUUAUGAUCGCAUAAUUGACCUCCGCAUCGCCACGCCACAGAUCAUCAUCAAUUAUGCCAUGUUCCUUGAAGAGCACAACUACUUUGAGGAAAGCUUCAAAGCGUAUGAGCGUGGUAUUGCUCUCUUUAGGUGGCCAAAUGUUUAUGACAUCUGGAACACUUACCUCACCAAGUUCAUUGAUCGUUAUGGGGGAAAGAAGCUGGAGAGAGCAAGAGAUUUGUUUGAACAAGCUUUGGAUGGCUGCCCAGCUAAGUUUGCCAAGACCAUUUACCUGUUGUAUGCUAAAUUGGAGGAGGGAUAUGGAUUGGCACGACACGCCAUGGCUGUCUAUGAACGAGCAACGCAGGCAGUAGAUGCUACGGAGAGACAUCACAUGUUCAAUAUCUAUAUCAAGAGAGCAGCUGAAAUUUAUGGAGUCACGUAUACCAGAGCCAUAUACCAGAAAGCUAUCGAGGUCCUUCCAGAUGAGCAUGCACGGGACAUGUGUCAGCGAUUUGCUGACAUGGAGAGUAAACUUGGUGAGAUUGACCGGGCCAGAGCAAUCUACUCCUACUGCUCGCAGAUUUGUGACCCGCGGGUGACUGCAAAUUUCUGGCAGACCUGGAAAGAAUUUGAGAUCCGCCAUGGAAAUGAGGACACGAUUCGAGAAAUGCUGAGGAUCAAACGAAGUGUUCAAGCCACAUACAACACCCAGGUCCACUUCAUGUCCUCUCAGAUGAUGAAGGCGACAACGGGCACUGUGUCUGAUCUUGCUCCAGGUCAAGUAGGAAUUGAUGACAUGAAGAUGCUGGAGCAGAAAGCACAGAUGCUUGCCGCAGAGGCGGAGCAAGACAAACCCAAGCCCAAAGAGAAGAUUCUCUUUGUCAGGAGUGACACCUCUCGCAGCGAGUUGGCUGAGCUUUCUAAACAAGCCAAUCCUGAUGAGAUUGACAUUGAUGAUGAAGACGAUGAAGAUGAGGAAAACCAGGGACCAGAAGAGGUGCAGCUUGAACAGAAGAGCGUCCCCACAGCCGUCUUUGGUGGGCUUAAAGAAGACUAAAGAUCCCCUCCUCGCUGCCCCAGUUUUGCAAAGAUGAUUUCACUUGUAGACAUUUGUUUUAUUACUUAGGCGUAUUAUUUUAGAAUGGCGACUUUUCUUCCGUUCUUGUGUUUUUUUUGUAAUACAGUACACAAAAACAAACUUGUAUAACUUUUGACCAUAUGGUGUCAGUCUUUCUCAAGUAUAAAGCUCAAGAUAAUUGUGCAAAUGUGCCGUGUUCUGUUAUGAGAUACUAAUACGUGGCUACAUGUUAAUUUUACUGACGUAUAGUGACGUUUUUAUCUUUGAGAAACAUUUAGUAAAAGAAUGAACAGCGGAAACUUUUUUGGACACCUAAUAUGUGCAGAGUUCUUUUACAGGAAGCUCUGCCCUUGAAAACAAAGGGGAGGAGCUUUUAUUUUUAUUUUUUCCAAAGUGAGGCAUUCAUUUGAAAGUGAAGCUGAGCAUUGAAGCCUCACGGUAGUUUGAGGAUCAUUAAUAGUUGGGUGUCUUGCAAAACCCAGUGAACCUUUAAAAUAUUUCCAAUUAUGCCUUCAAAAGUUCACCAUCCAAAUAUUGAGGUCAUGCUCUGGUUGUACAUGUAUUGUACAAAUUCACUCAAGGAACAGUUUGUAUGAUAGAAUUGAAUAAAAGGACGCUCAUAAAACAGAUACAACUUA